CCACUCCUAUGCUUUGCCAUUUUCUCCCACCUUAAGCCCCUCUUCACUCUGGGGCCAUGAAAAGCCCUUCCCAAUGCAAUCCCACCCCUGCUUUGCUUUACAUCAUGGCAAAUUGUGUUCCCUUUCCUCUGGCACCUGUUUCCGCCAAAGGGAGCCUGUAAUCCCCUUUUGCUAAGCCCUUCCUCCCCAACUGGAGGAAACCUCCCUGGGGCACUAGGUGAGCUGGCCAAUCAGAGAGGCACAAAGGGCAGGGCCAGACUGGCUGAGUGACAAAUACCGAGGAGCAUAGCUGCCUGACACUCUGGAGCAGCCAGUCAAUGAGCCGAGAUCUCUUGAGUGAUCAACACCUGCUUCACCUCGGCACCAGCAGCAGAUCCACCCAGCCCCAAGAAGCAGAGAGAGCAACAGGAAGCAAAGGAGUUGCAAGGGGUUAGCAGUUAUCCUCCUUGUACCCAGGGCAGAUUGCCAUUCCUUUUAGGCUAAGAUGCAAGCAGCUGGUCCCAGCGCAGGCACAGUUCGUGAGUUCUAGUUACUGUCACAAGAACUACGUGGCAACAAAAGCACCUCCUCUGCUGUAUCUUGCUACCUACCACACUUGGGUUCUUCAUGGCUCCCACCUACAGCCCCCAGGGCAGCUGGACUCCUCUGGCCACGCUGGCCUUACUAUGGACUUCUUUGGCCUGGAUCGAGGGAAAGCCUGCAUGUCCUUCCUGUAGGGUGCCGCCUCUGGAGCCCAAUGCUGAGAAAGCCUUUCUGGUCGAAUUAGCCAAGCAGCAGAUCCUGCAGAAACUAAACUUGAGCGAGAGGCCCAACAUCACCCACCCUGUGCCACGUGGGGCAGUGGCCAAUGCCCUACGCCGCCUGCACCUGGGCAAAGCUCGGAUGGACAGACUUGGGCACUUCCCCGGCUGGCAGAACCCCGAGCCUGAUGAACAGGGGUACGAGAUCAUUAGUUUUGCAGAGACAGAGCCCUCCGGGGUCCUGCAGUUCCAGCUGACACAUCCGAAAGGCCAAGACAUGCACAUCCUCCAGGCCGAGCUGUGGCUGUACCUCAAGGCUCACCAAAACAUCACGCUGCAGGUCUACCUGGCAGGGCAGCAGCGAGUGGCCCUUGGGGAGCGGCAGCAGCUGGAGAGCAAAGGCAGCAGCUGGCACACUUUCUCCCUCAUGCCAGAUAUGCAGAGCAUCCUUGAGCGUGAGGAGACGGCGCUGUGCCUGGAGCUGCAGUGUGAAGGCUGCCACCCCAGCAUUGACUCUUUGCUGACUGCUACUGGCAGCUCCCAACAGCCCUUCUUGAUGGUUAAGGCCAAGAUACGGGAGCCCGGCCACCGGGUAGCUAAGCGCAGCCUGAGCUGCGACCAGAACUCUGACCUGUGCUGCAGAAAAGACUAUUACGUAGACUUUCGGGACAUUGGUUGGAAUGACUGGAUCUUUAAGCCAGAAGGUUAUCAGAUAAACUAUUGCAUGGGUGAGUGCCCCAUGCACCUGGCUGGCUCACCUGGGGUAGCAGCCUCCUUCCACACAACUGUCUUCAACUUGGUCAAAGCCAACAACAUCCAGACUGCUGGCCGUUCUUGCUGCGUCCCCACACAGCGACGGCCCCUUUCUCUGCUCUACUUUGAUCCCAAUAGCAACCUCAUAAAGACAGACAUUCCUGACAUGGUUGUUGAUGCUUGUGGUUGCAGCUAAGAAAGGAUUCUAGCCACAGGGAAAGCUGAGAGGGGCAGAACAGAAGAUGUAAGACAUUUCCCACUACUCCUAUUCAUGGGCAUAGCCAGGAUUUUUGUUGUGGGGGGGGGCAGGACUUUGUUAGGGGG